AUGGAUGAUGGAGACAUCGCUCUGGCCGAGCCGUGGGCUGCCCGUCGAAUAUGCACAGCAAAGCGCUUAUGCAAGGAAACGCCGGUUGGUUGGCUGGUCGCUCAUAAAAAGAAUGAAGAGUUACUAAUCAAGUUUCUCCGCGGACUUCGACGACCUUCGUUAGUUCAACCGUGGAUCGCCAAGUUUUGGGAAUUAGAGACCUGUCAUGUGACCAGUACUCAUUCCGUGGAAGAGACCGCACGUGAAGAACUGUUCGAGCGAACUACUGUGCGUGACGCUGAAGGUAGAUUCGUCAUAAGUUUGCCAAAAAAGGAAAAUGUGAUCCAGAAAUUAGGAGAAUCGAAAGCUAUCGCACUGAAACGGUUCUCGAGCCUGGAGAAAAGGUUAGAUGCGAAUCCUGAGCUGAAGGCGAUGUACAAGGAGUUUAUUCACGAGUAUCAACUAAUGGAGUCGACUUAUUACAUGCCUCAUCUUGCCGAGUUGAAGCCAGACAGCACUACGACAAAACUUCGUAUUGUUUUCGACGGUUCAUGUCGCACAUCGACUGGAUUCUCCUUAAAUGAUGCGUUAGUGGCAAGCCCAGUGGUUCAGGAUGACCUGUUUUCGAUCAUCACCCGUUUUCGUUUGCAUCGCUUUGCUCUUGUCGCGGACGUUGCAAAAAUAUACCAAAUGGUACAAGUUCAACCUUCUGAUCAGAGAAGAGAUUCAUCCGACGAUCCAGUGAAGUCAUUUGAGCUCACCACCGUUACCUACGGCACUGCAUCUGCGCCGUAUCUUGCGACAAAAUGUCUCUCAACGCUAGAGAAAGGUUGCCAAUCGACGCACCCUCUAGCUGCCAAGUCACAAUUUGGACAGUUUCUAUUUCUGUUUUCCUCAAUGGCGGUCGAAUACAUCAGCCAUCACAAAGCGAAGCAUCCACUCAGACGCAGCAUGCUUAUUUGGGAUGAACCAUCGGAUGAAUCAUUGCAAACAAUUUGGAAGGAGUAUAAGCAAAAUCUAAUGACCCUUGCGUCACUGUCAGUUCCUCGUUGGAUCGGCUUUACUAACGAUUGUUCGGAACUUCAGCUACACGGGUGUUGCGAUCUUUCAGAAGUGGCCUACAAAGCAUGUCUAUAUCUGCGUUGUACCGCAUCAGACGGGACUGUGUCAGUACGUCUCAUCACGUCGAAGUCGAGAAUAGCACCACUAGAGAAUCUGAAAGCCAUGAAGAAGAACGUAACAAUUCCUCGGUUAGAACUAUCAUCCGCCCUGCUGCUUAGUCAUCUGUACGAGAAGUUUUCCUCUAACGUUACGGUCAAAUCAACAUUCUUCUGGAUCGAUUCCAUGAUCGUCCAACACUGGCUGGCAUCGCAACCGUCAAGAUGGCAAGUUCGUGUGGCUAAUCGUGUGUCGGAGAUACAACACAUCACCAAAGGUGGCGCUUGGAACCACGUGCCCGGUAUUGAGAACCCGGCAGAUUUGAUUUCCAGGGGAAUGUUCCAGCUGAAUUACAAUAACAAUCGCUUUGGUUCCAAGGUUCACGAUGGUUGGAUCAGAAUCAAGAAGAUUGGUCACGGCCAGAAGAAUCCAUUCCAGAAUCGUUCGGAAGAACGACCAUUGCCAGCUUUCACCGCUCAAGCUACUCCACCUUACGAAAUUUUCGGACUUAGAUCAACAUACUCAGAACUCAUCAGACUGGUCGCACUACUCAUACGUUUCAAGCACAAUUCGCAACCUGGCACCAGGCAAUCUAGAAGAGAGAAGCGUACAAACGGUGCCCGACUGGAAUCAGAUCUCACCACUAUCGAAAUGCUGUGCGGCACGAUAUCACGAGAGCGUUCUAAUGAUACAACGCGCACGGCGUCGUCCUCCAUUUUCGAUCGAGUAGCCUUCGACUUGCACACCGUCAUCCGAUCGGUCGGACAACAACAACAACAACAAUGGCAGUGGCAUGUCUUCCCCUCAAUCUAA